CUGACAGUGACAUUGUCAGCUGUCAUGCGUCACUAGACAAAGACAAAGAACAAUCAUUACAAUUUAACAAUUUUCUACACAACUUACAUUUCACAAACAAAGUCAAGUCAGUCAAAGUCACAGAAAUGGCUGACUUACUUGUGGUUCCGUUAAAAAAGUCUUCUGACGUCGAUAUUGUAAAACCAUUGAAGAAUUUAAUCCAAUCCACGUACAAUACAGGAGACAAUAAUGAAGACUACAGCGAUGCAAUAGAAGAGCUGGCGCGCCUCAGAGCUAACGCUAUUUGGAAGAUUUUCGAGAAAUCCUCUCUGGAAGUUAUUUACAGCUACUAUGACCAGCUGACGUCGCUCGCGACCAAAGUGCCUCCUCAGGAGCUGCAGAUACCCUUCAAGUGGAAAGACGCCUUCGACAAAGGCUCCAUUUUCGGAGGUCGCAUGAGCCUAACGGUGGCCUCGCUGGCGUAUGAGCGUGUGUGUGUGCUGUUCAAUGUGGCGGCUCUGCAGAGCACUCUGGCCGCGCAGCAACCACUUGAUACCGAGGACUCUCUCAAACUCGCUGCUAAACUUUUACAGCAAGCGGCCGGCAUCUUCAGCUACCUAAAGGGCAACGUAUUGACUGCGGUUCACCAGGAGCCCACGCCCGACCUCAGCCCCGACGCGCUGCACGCCCUGGCGCAGCUCAUGCUGGCGCAGGCGCAGGAGGUCAUCGCCUACAAGUGCAUCCGAGACGAGAUGAAGGAGAGCAUGGUGAGCAAGGUGUGCGCGCAGUGCGAGGAGCUGUACGCGGAGGCGCAGCGCGCGCUGCAGCGAGACCACCUGCGCGCGCUCUGGGACCGCGACUGGAUCCCGCACGUGCAGGCGAAGCAGGCCAUCUUCCGCGGCCUCAGUCAGUACUACCAGAGCGCGGUGUGUCGCGCGCGUCAGGCCGUCGGCGAGGAGAUCGCGCGCCUGCAGAUCGCGGCGGAGCUGCUGCAGGGGGCGGGGGCGGGGGCGGGCUCGGGGGCGGGGGCGGAGGUGGUGCGCGAGGCGGGAGUGCGGGCCGCGCGCCAGCUGGCCGCCGCGCGCCGCGACAACGACUUCAUCUACCACGAGCGCGUGCCGGAGCCGCGCAGUCUGGAGGCGGUGCAGCGCGCGCCCAUCGCCAAGCCGCUGCCGCUGCCCGACCACUUCUCACAGCCCUUCAAAGAUCUGUUCGCACGACUGGUGCCGCUGGCGGUGCACCAGGCGCUGCAGGCGAGCUCGGCGCGGCGCGCGGACCUCGUCAACGCGGAGAUCGGCAAACUGCGCGAGGCCACGCAGCUGCUCAACAGCAUCCUGGCCUCGCUGAACCUGCCGGCGUGUCUGGAGGGCGCGGGCGCGGCCGGCGCGCUGCCCGACUCCAUCCGCGAGAAGGCGGCGGCGGUGCGCGCGGCGGGCGGCCUGCCCGCGCUGCAGGCGCUCAUGGCCGACCUGCCCGACCUGCUGCAGCGUAACAAGGACAUCCUGGACGAGGCGGAGCGCAUGCUGCGCGAGGAGCGCGAGGCGGACGAGGCGCUGCGCGCGCAGUUCGGGGCGCGGUGGACGCGCAGCGAGUCGGGCGCGCUCACGGAGGCCUUCCGCGCCAACGCGGCCAAGUACGCGCAGAUCAUCGACAACGCCGUGCGCGCCGACGCCAUCGUGCAGCAAAAGUUCCUGCAGCACAAGGAGAGCAUCGCGCUGCUGAGCGGCAGCGAGGGCGAGCUGCGCGCCGGCGUGCCCGAGGCGCCGGACGCGCCCGCGGGUCCCGCCAGCGACGCCGACCACCUGCGCCAGCUGCGCGCCCUCAUGGACACGGUGGAGACGCUGAAGGCGGAGCGCGACAGUAUCGAGGCGGCGCUGAAGGAGGUGCACGUGGAGCUGCGCGAGGAGUUCCUGAGGGCGCUGGCGGAGGAGGGCGCCGUGGACGAGCCCGCGCGCUCCGCCGCCGCGCUCGGCGCCGCGCUGGCCCCGCUGCAGCGCCGCGUCGCCGACACGCUGCGUCGCCAGGAGGACCUCGUCGCCGAUAUACAGCGAGCACACAGCGCGCUGAUGGAGACGCGAGGCGGCGCCAGCGGGCGUGAUGCGGCGCUGGGCCGGCUCUGCGCCGCAUACGACGCCUACCAGGACCUCACCGGCAACCUCAAAGAGGGCGUCAAGUUCUACAACGACCUCACGCAGCUGCUGGUCGCGUUCCAGAACAAGGUGUCGGACUUCUGCUUCGCGCGCAAGACCGAGAAGGAGGAGCUGCUCAAAGACCUGACGCAGGAGGCGGCGCGAGGCUCGCAGAGACCUGCGCCCGCGCCGCCCUCGCACCACGCCCAGCCCGCCCAGGGCGCCCAGGCCGCGGUCAACGAGCCGGCGGCGGUCAAGAAGGAGGCGCCCCCGCGUCCGCCGCCCCCUGCCGCACCCGGCGCGCCCCCCGCACCCGCCGCCUCCGCCGCGUCCGGCGCGCUGCCCUACCCCACACAACCGCAAGGUAUGCCGCUGCCGUACGGGCCCGGCGCGCCCUACCCGCUCUACGCCGCGCCCCUCCCCACGCUCUACAACCCCUACGCCACGCUGCCCUACCCGCACCACGCGCCGCGCGCCCCCGUGCCCGCCCCCGCCUACCAGCCCUACCAGUACCCGCAGCAGUACGCGCCGCCCGGAUACCCGCAGGCGCCGCCCGCCCCCGGCUACAACCCCUUCCCGCCCCAGUAG